UUUAUUUUAGACUUAUAUGUGACAUGGUUUUUUAAGUUUAGGAUAAGGAUAAGAUCUAAGGAUAUUUAAAAAAAAAGUUACAAAACAAUAUUUUUUUUAGAAUUUUUUUAAAUAAAAAAAAAUUCUUUUUGCUAACACUUUCCACUAAUAUUUUUAUCACACUAAUUUAGGCUUGUUUAGCAUUCAAUUCUUAAAUCAAUUAGGCAGCUUUUAUCAAUUUGGUUUCAAUUAUAAUUUUGAGUUCGAUUUCUGGACCGGUUUCGUUCACUCAAUCUUUGAAAAGAUACCAAAUUUUCUCUUAUAUCUAGAAGCAUAAAUAGAAAUGACCUUAAAUAUAGGAUCUCCCAAUAGAAAUAGGUUUUGUUCGUGGUCUUUUCCAUGUUGUUUCCUCAAUUUGUUGAUCCGCUUGACAAUCUUUUUAGGAAAAGUUGGAUUUUGUUUCCACUAUUUUCCUUUUAGGAUAUUGUGACAAUGGUAGAUAAAUUCUACCUUGGAUUUCGAAUGCUGCAUAUUGCAGCCAAAAAAGAGAAGAAAAAAAAUUUUCUUAGUAAACACACCAUGAGUAGUCCUUGCACACUAACAUUUAGAAGGAAGAGGGUUGUGGUUUCCAAUAAGGUGCAAGUUCCAUUGAAAAGAAUGUGCAGUGAUAAAAUCACUCUCAAAUUUGAGUGUUCUCCCCUUGAAGCUCUUCCCCUUGAUAUUUUGAUAAAGGUGGUAUGUGGUGUGGAACAUGAAGAUUUGCAUAGACUUUUCCAUGUCUCCAAAGCUAUUAGAGAAGCGGCUCUUGUUGCUAAGGAUUUGCAUUUUGAGUAUAGUACGCCAAGGAAUAAUACAUUUGCUCUUUACAACCCCUUUGAUAUGGAUGGAAAUGGUUUGGAUGAAAUUGAAGCUCCAAAUAAACAAUUGAAGAAAUGUAAGUCAAGGUUGAGUGGUGGGAACUUGUCAUUGACAUUGUUUCCAUCAAUGGACGAAGGAGAUUAUUGAUGACUUGAUGAGGAUUGUAAAUAUAGAUUAGAUUAUAUUAUAUAUUAACACUUGCUCUAUAGAUUAGUUUAUAUGUAUAAGUAGAUGUUUGAGAUCUAAUAAAAUGAUAUUGUUGAUU